GUUUGGACUCUCCACUAGCAGCUUGCCUUGGAAAGACCGAGUCAUUUCGGUGCCGUCACUCCACUCUAAGUGUUGUGUGUUUGGAGAAAAUUAAUUAAAACCACCUGGUUAAAAACCAACGAACGCGCGGAAGGGGUGUUGGGUCGCGCAUUUGGGCGGCGCAGGGCAUUAGGGCUGCAUGGGAGCUGAGGCUGAGUCACACCCCUGAGAAGUGGUACUGGGGAGACGGGCGGACAGGAAGGGAGCGAGUGAAAGAGAGAGAGAGAGAGAGAGAGAGAGAGAGAGAGAGAGAGAGCGAGCGAGCGAGCGUGUGAGUAUAGCAGCAGUUGCGACGCAGCGGCACGUCGGAGCGGUUGGGUUCGGCUCGCGCAGCCCACGUAGCGAGCGUGCAAGCAUGGCCGGCGACAGCGAGACUCGAGCGGAGGACCGAGAGCACCGCAAGAACGGAGUCCGACAGCCGUUCCUCAUCGGCGUGGCUGGGGGCACUGCUAGCGGCAAGUCGUCUGUCUGCGGGAAGAUCAUGGAGCUGCUCGGUCAGAACGAGAUCGACCAUCGUAAGCGGCAGGUGGUCAUCCUCAGCCAGGACAGCUUCUACAGAGUGCUCACCCCCGAGCAGAAGAGCAAGGCACUCAAGGGCCAAUUCAACUUCGACCACCCUGACGCUUUUGACAAUGAGCUCAUCGUCAAGACCCUGUGGGAGAUCAUGGAAGGCAAAACCGUGCAGAUCCCGGUAUAUGACUUUGUCACUCAUUCCAGAAAGGAGGAGAGCGUUACCGUGUACCCUGCGGAUGUGGUGCUCUUCGAGGGCAUCCUCAUGUUCUACUCCCAGGAGAUCAGAGACGUGUUCCAAAUGAAGCUCUUUGUGGACACAGACGCAGACACUCGAUUGUCUCGCAGAGUGCUACGGGACAUCAGCGAGCGUGGCCGUGACCUGGAGCAGGUGCUGACACAAUACAUCACGUUUGUAAAACCAGCCUUUGAGGAGUUCUGUUUGCCAACGAAGAAGUAUGCUGAUGUGAUAAUCCCUCGUGGGGCAGACAACCUUGUUGCCAUAAACCUCAUUGUGCAACACAUCCAAGACAUUCUCAACGGGGGGCUGACCAAGCGGCAGAACGGCUGCUUGAACGGCUACAGCACACCCCGCAAGCGGCAGGCCUCCGAGUCCAGCAGUCGGCCGCACUGACCGCGCCGCCCUCCUGCUGCCCCCCUGCUCUUAGCAGGCUGGCUUUUUAAAGGAGGGGAAGUUAUGGUGUACAUAGCUCCAGUCCGCCAUGCUGUAUUAAGUGACGAUGCAAGAGUUUAAAACUGAUGGCUUUUUUUUUUUUAAAAAAAAUACUUUGUUCUUUUUGGACUGAAUUAAUACUAAGGGGCAUAAAAUGGGUUCCUGAUAUUGUAAUGCUUGCAGGUCAAACGUCACUCCUUUUUAAUUUAUUCAUUUUCUUAUGGCUUUCUUUUAAGCAGCCCCUUGCUGUCUCUUUUUAAACUUUCUGAAAUGAAUAAAGGAAGACAAAUGCUAGUUGUUAGACAACACUUAAAACCCAUGCUGCUUACUGAGAGUGACCGGUCGUAUUGCUUGUGAUGUCCGGACGACGGGAACACCCUCAUCGGGUGGCAGGGGUGAGCGGCUUGUUACGGGUGGUACAGAGCUUUAGCAAGAACUCAGGACUUUGGAGGUUUUUUGUUGUUAAAACUCUUGUUAUGCACAAAUACCAAUGCAAUUCUUGCCGCCUUCCCCCAGCUCCUCAGUGCCAUUUUACUUGCAGUUUUCCCUCUUUGGCAACAAUAGCAGAUCUUGCCUUGGGUCUUCUGUUUCCUCGCGAAUCAGCGUCUGCACUUCGCUCUGAAUGAAAGUGCUUGGUGAAUAGAUGCAUAAGUCAUAUUUAAAAACCUACGGCAUUCAACUGACUAGGUUGAUGUUGGGUCUGCAGGCGGUGUGGUGCUCCUGUAUAACCUCCCCAGGCUGUUUUUCCACCAAGCCAGUUGAAUGAAUAUUUUUGUGCACAGUUUGUGUGUCUACACAUCGGUUCAGCAAUGCAGUUUGAGGUUAGGUCUGUUUCAGGUCCAGCAACUUGGUGUGCCAUCUUUAAAGAAAAACUUAGUCUUUGUGCCAUUUAAUCCUGUUUUUCAUUCAAUAAUAAUAAUGAUGAUCAUAAUCCAUUUUAGAAUGUUUAUUUCCAAUAAGCUUUUCUGUCUCAAAUGAGCUGAUCUCUUAGGUAAGAAGGUCAAGCUAAAA